AUGGGACAUAAGGAGCAUGGAGGGACUUGGCACAUGGAAGCAGCUCAACUGGAUACGCAAAGGAAGAAGGGAGAAGCCAUCUUGAAGACCAGCUCGACCGUCUACUCGACCAACCGGUCGAGUUCCUCAACUCGACCGGCCAAGCUUCAACUCGAUCGAGCUGGAAGUCAAACCUCCACCUUGGGAAAGGGUUGGCUAGGCAUUGAGAAGCCCAAUAUCAAGAGAAGCCUUGAUACAAGGAGUUUUAAGAGCUAG